UAUAUAAUAAACAGCCCACCCUACCUUAGCAUUGAGGAACCCUGGAAUUGUCAAGCAUGAAUAUGAUUUAGGUGUUGUGUAAUAUGCUAAGCUUCGUUACAUUGUUAUUCCAUUUUAGGUAAUUAUAUAUUGUAAAAAUUACAAUUCUCUCAAAUGGCAGACACAUUAAAGAGUUGGUUUGGAAUGGGAAAGAAGGAUUCAGAUGAAACUAUGAUUGAUGUGCAACAAAAACUUGCUCAGCUGUCCAAGAAUGUUGACUCUUAUGAUGCUACUGAACUUGCUGCACAGUUAGAAAAAAUCACUAAAACAUUGUCAUCUCAGGCAAAAGUAAACGAUCCUGUUACGGAUAGUGGCGAUCAAGAGCCACCAAUGACAUCAACGGUGUAUAAGUUAAAACCUUUCAGCACCACACCAAUACCUCAAAGUAUGCCUUACAAUGAGCGACAAGUUAUGAAUUCUGCAGGAGGUUAUUCAUUUCAAGUGUGCGAUUUCAUGAAGCUUAAACGUUUCUUGGUGAUUGGUUCGGAAAGCGGCACAUACUAUACAACUUCAAAAGAUAUUCUCUUCGACAGUGUGCAGUGUGUUAAAAGACUCAUCAAGCAAGGACAUGGUCAAGCUGUGUUGGAUUUGUUAGAAGAAUACAGCACAGCAGGAAGAAUUGCCAAUGAAAAACCCAUACUGACUUCUCUGAUGACAUGUGCGAUGUCUGCAGAUACAGAAAUUCAACAAGCGACUUACAAGAAGAUUUCCACUAUUUGCAACAUUCCCACCAAACUGUUUUUUUUCCUUGAUUUAUGUCAAACUGCUAUCAAUGCAAGGCGAGCAUCCAACCCACCCCAACCCCAACCUCAAAAGAAGAAAGAGGUGUUGCUCAAGUCAAUGAAAAUUGAGUCUAAGGGACCUUCUGAGAAUGUUGACACCAGUAUCGAACCUAGCCCUGCAAAAAAGCAAAGGAGAAUGAAAAAAACUGAACAAAAAUUUAAGAAGGUGAAUGUUACUCCGAAAAAAUCAUCUGGAUGGGGUCGCAUGAGACGGAAAGGUAUUGCAUCUUUUUAUACUGAUGAGAAAAAAGAUGCAAACCGAUUGCUUUAUUUGGUGACCAAAUAUAAGUCCCGCCACAACUGGUCUCACAAGCAGGUUCUGGGUUAUGCUCACCCCAAAAUGGAAGGUGAAGAAAAGGUUGCAAAAGAUCUUGUCCUUACGUACUGCGCACGUGGCUACCAAAAAUACAAACUUGUAGCAGACAAGUAUGCGAGCACACCAGGGAUUAGUAAUAUUGUCUCUGAAGUAAUUGCUCACAUUGAUGUUCUUCAUAAAGUCAGCCUGUUAUCUUAUGAAAAAGAAGGUGACGAGGAGCAGCUUCUGGAGUAUCUUAAAAAGUAUGGUAGACGCAAUGAACAUGAUGAUUUUACAAUACUCCCAUAUCCCCGCAGUCUUGAACCAGCACCAAACUCAAAUGGAAGACGAGUUCCCUUCCAACUUGUGCGGGAACAUAUCCCCACCAAUUUCCUCAAAUCGAAAAAGGUUUGGGAAGCAAUGUUGUUGGAUAUGCCAAUGACAGCCAUGAUUCGCAACUUGGGUAAAAUGUCAUCACUUGGAUUAUUCCAAGAGUCCGGCGAAGAGAAUGCUAAUGUCAGCAUUAUCAAGGCUGCACUUUCUGAUGUAAACCGAUUGAAAAAGGCUAAAAUUCAUCCCAUCAAGAUCUUACUUGCUCUACGCGUGUAUCAAACUGGUCGUGGUGAUAAAGGUGACUUAACAUGGCCUGUAAAUGAAGAAAUUUGUACUGCACUUGAUGCGGCAUUCUAUUUGACCUUCAGAAGUACAGACCUGAGCAAAAAUUUCAAGACAGGCAAGAAAUUUAUGUUGUGCUUAGAUGUAAGUGGAUCAAUGACAUGGCAGGGUUGUUAUGGAUGCGAGAACAUGACUCCCGCCAUGGCUUCCAUGGCAAUGGCAAUGGUCACCUGGAAUAUUGAAGAAGAGUGUGAGAUUAUGGCUUUUGGGGGCCAAUUUGUGUCACUGAAAGAAAAAGUUAAGAGAGAUAUGACUCUGAAUGAAGCACUGAGAGCUACCAGUCGGAUGAAUUUCGGUUCUACCGAUUGCUCCUUGCCAAUGCAGUAUGCGCUCCAAGAAAACCUGGAUAUUGACGUUUUUAUUGUGUACACUGAUUCAGACACGUGGUCCGGUCGCAUUCACCCGCCCAUUGCGCUGCGAAAGUACAAUGCAGCUAAAGGAAAGAAUGCCAAGCUGAUUGUGUGUGCUAUGCAAACCAACGACUUUACAAUUGCUGAUCCGAACGAUCCCAAUAUGAUGGAUAUCUGCGGUUUUGAUACCAGUGUUCCGGAUAUUAUUUCCGAAUUCGCGAAGGAUACUCUAAGUGGACAAUGCGAUGUGUGUACUGACUGCAAAGCAGUGAAAGCAAAGAUGGAGACAACAGUUGGCUAAAUGCUAUGUGCUACAAGGACAAUGAUGUAAGGUGUAUAAAAUGAAGUUUUUCUUGAGUUUUAUUAAAUUAUGUAUAAUAAUGUUUUUCUAUCCUGAACGAGAUUAAUUAUUUGUGGAAUUGUUUUUUGCGAAUUUCGCAAAUCUCAUUUUUGCGAAAUUAAGUCUUUGUAAAAAGUGACAAUAGGGACUAUUUACGAAAAUAAAUGUCAUACGGAAACUAAACUAAAUUUGUUAAAUACGCGAAGAUAAGAAAAAAGUUAAUUGAGUCGUUUUCUCAUAUACUUUUUCAAUAUAAAUUCUACAAUAUCAAUUCUACAACUAUAUACAAAUUAAUGCAAGUUGCUUUCUUUUUUUGCAUUUUCUUUUAAACUUUUUUUACCAACACUUCGUAAAAAUUAAUCUUUCUAAAAAUUUUCAAGCUUCAAUUUGCAAAAUUUAAUUUCGUUAAGGGUACGUAUUAGUAAUUUUAAAUUUGUUUUAUACCAGUUUGAAGUUAGUACUGUAGUGAUUAUACUAAGUUUUAGCUUUUAAGGAUGGUUGUGCUACUAAAUGUUCAUCAACCACCUUCUUAUUCUAGUGGUUUGAAUAAUUUAGUUGUUUCACUAUUGACGGCAGAAAACGACGGGUGUUAUGACGUCGUUGUCAAGUGUUUUCUGUGACGUAAUGUACCCGUCAAUUUUUUUAAAAAUAUGUUUCAUUUAAAUAUUUUAUUUUUCAAGGUAUAUUGGUUACAAGUAUAAUUUUUUUAUAAGAGCCAUCAACUUCUUAACAUUUUGGCUGACUCUUCGUAGAGAAAAUGUUUAAAAAUUAAAGGCUUUCAAAAAAUUAGGAGACCUAACCUGUUUUACGCAAAAUUGCGACUUGUGUACUUUUAAAACAAUUUUUUUUUGGUCAAAACAUAAGAAGAGUGUCGAUCGGGGUAUAACGCCUAAAUCAGGGUGUGCAGGUUUUUUAUUUUCAUGUUUAAAAGCUGUAUUGAAAAGGCAACGAUAAAAGUCAUACCUUAAAAUCUCCGUACAAACCCGGAGCUUACCGAAGCGAAUAACACUGUUAACCCUACAUGUCAAUGGGGCUUUCUGCAUAACCUGAUUGAGGUUAACAUUGUUAUAUAAUUAUUAAAUAAAUUUCAGGGUUCCGUGCCCCCAUUUAGAUUCUUCCCGUACUGACAAAAUAAUUAAGUAUUAUCAAAGAAUCAACGCAAGAAAAAGAAAUGAUUUUUUAUUGUCCCAUUUUUUUAGAUUUGUAUACUAAUUAUUUAACUUUCGCACAACUAGCACUUUUAACUCAGAAGACAUUUAAAGCUGAUUUAAAGAAAUGCGAACUGAUAACAAAAGAUGUCGUACAUUAAAUAAAAGUUGCAACUAGUGUUAUAAACCCAUAAAGACGUCUUUCCUUUUGUAGUGUUUUGUGAACAUAUAUAUAUGAAACCAUCAUAUGACGCCAACGUAUAUGUUGGCUUCACAUAUAUAGUCUACAUAUAUGAGCCAACGUAUAUAAAGAAGACAUAUAUGAAGUCAAUAUGAAAUUAACGGAUAUGAAGCCAACGUAUAUGUUGGCUUCACAUAUAUAGUCUACAUAUAUAAGACAACAUAUAUAAAGAGGACAUAUAUGAAGUCAACAUAUAUGAUAUUAACGUAUAUGAUGUAAACAUAUAUGAAAUACUGUUAAAAGGUCUUUAUAAGAAGCGCUGGUGAAGUGUAUUUCUGUAUUUCUGUAUUUAGUAAAAAAACAUUAUAUGUAAUAGUUUAAAUUGCUAAAAGAUAUCAUAAAAUCUCUUACAA